GUUCAGCGAAUCAGUGACGCACGAGCGAACGCCCCAGGUCCUCCCUUGUGUUUCUCACAUGAUCUCAGAAGCCGGGACCGGAGGAGAGGCGCCGUUAUGCGCUGAUGGAGCAUUGCAUCGAGAUGGUUGAACGACGCAGAAGCUCGACUGUGUUCUUCGUCUAUAUCGUGGGCAUUUGUGUAACACUCAUCGGUCGGAUCAAUGGACAAACAGACAAGGUCCUGUGGACGCAAGAGAAGUUAUCCCACAAGCCCAGCACCCUGACCACUGAUGACAUCACCCGUGUGCUGUCCCAGACGGACCUGGAGCGCAUGUGGCAGACGGACCUGAAGCCCAUGCUGGUGACCCGUUACCCGAGCUCCGCUGGGAGUCUGUCCGUGCAGCAGCACAUCCGGAGCAUGCUGGGGGCCCUAAAGGCAGGCUGGGAGGUGGAGGAGGACCGCUUCCAGUCCCACACCCCCUACGGCCCGCUGACCUUCACCAACAUCGUCGCCACCCUCAACCCCUCGGCCAAGCGCCGCCUGGUGCUGGCCUGCCACUACGACUCCAAGUACUACCCGCCGCAGUGGCACGGGCGGGAGUUCGUCGCCGCCACCGACUCGGCUGUGCCCUGCGCCAUGAUGCUGGAGCUGGCGCGCACCCUGGACCAGGAACUCAAGACCCUCAAGGGCUCUGAGCCAGACCUGACGCUGCAGCUGCUGUUUUUCGACGGAGAGGAGGCACUGUUCCAGUGGAGCUCCACGGACUCUCUGUACGGCUCCCGCCACCUGGCGCAGAAGAUGGAGAACACCCCGCACCCGCCUGGUGCCACCGACACCAACCAGCUGCACGGCAUUGAUCUGUUUGUUCUGCUGGAUCUGAUUGGUGCCCCCACACCACGAUUUGGCAACCACUUCUCCAACACAGCCACUUGGCUGAGCAGGCUGCAGAACAUUGAGCGCCGACUGCACACCAUGGGCCAGCUGGAGGAGCACCCAAAUGAGGUGCAGUACUUCUGGCCCAACCUGCCGGUUCAUCCAGUGGUGGACGACCACAAGCCUUUCCUGAACAGGGGGGUUCGAAUUCUCCACCUCAUCCCCACGCCUUUCCCCUCGGUCUGGCACACCUUCGACGACAACGAGCAGAACCUGGACCGGACAUCCAUCCAGAACCUCAACAAGAUCAUGCAGGUGUUUGUGCUGGAGUACUUGGGGAAGUGACUCCGCCGUUGAAACAGGGUCAAGGGCCUUGGAGUACUGCCAAGGACCUCGUCGGGCCAUUUCCUCCUGAAGCCCCAACCUUCUUGUUGACUGUACUUAUUUAUAACACGCUGCCUUUUCCUCCUGCAUUCCUCCUGUACAGCAUCGGUUUGGCCACCAUUUUGUCGUGGAAGUCAGGGAGAUCACUAAUCCAUUUGGUCUGUAGUCAGAGGUCUAAGGUUCCCAUACUGUUUCUACUCAAGUCCCCCUAAAAUUAUUACCCAGAGGCUGUGGAUCCCCCUCUAAAAUAACAUUGGUAACGUUUAUCACCUUCACUCAAUGCCCACCAUAGGGCAUUGAGUGAACGCAGUGGCUAUUUAGCACACUAGCAUUAGGAAUCAUGUCCAAAUUGUCAUGACAUUACACCAUGCCUCUAUAUGAGACUGGUAGCUAUUUAGCCCAAGAAAAAUAUUUUGUCAAUGAAAUUAUCAAUAUUGUUUUCCCAUGAAAGACCCCAUUUUGCAAUCAUAUUUACUUUCAUUUAAAAUGAGCAUUUAUUUGUUCUGAAAGAUAAGUCUGUUUCUCUCCCAUAUGGCAUACAUUUAAUAAGACUUAAGGUCUACCAUGUGGAACUGUGGUGUUACCGUAGUUGCAUUGACAUGUUGAAGUGAAUGUGUGUAAUAGUUGACUAAACAUAGGUGCCACAUAGAAACCAAACGGUAUGCCCAACUGCAAAGAAGAGUUCUCUAAGGGACUGUUUUGUUAAAGCGUCGCACUGAUGCUCAUGGUACUCAUGCGUUGUACACAAUGUCAGACAAGAAGAUUUAGUGAAAAUAGCAAUAAAAUAGGAGUUUAGCAUAGCCCUCUUUUUGAACUGUGUUAAAUAAUUGAUUUUGUCCUGGUCUCAACCAAAUCCAAAUCUGUAUUGUAAUUAUGUUUAACAUGCGGUUUCAGGACAGAGAAAAACCUGUAACUGGUGGGUAAAGGUAAUUUUGCAUUCCAAUUACUAGUGUCAAUGGUGAGUUGCCUGCAUUGCGGAUUGUAACCUCUGUAUUUAUGUGAAGAGAACUGUAUUAAAUGUGAUUCUUCCUGUGAUCUUUCACUACUUGCCUCUGUACUGUCUGUGACUUUUACAGAAAUACCUGUUCUACAGUUGUAGCCUUAAUAAUAACUUUUGAGCCCUUUUGAGAUUGGGCCUUUUACUCUUUGCGUGUACUCCUGUGCCAAUGUUUUGUGUGCCAAACGUUUGGUGAACGAGGAAAUGAAGAAAGAAAGAUUAAAACGAAAACAAUUAGCGGC